GUCACUCUCCAUUCCCCCAUCCCCUCAGCCCCCAGCAGUCACCAAUCUGCUUUCAGUCUCUAUGGCUUGCCUGGUCUGUGUAUUUCAUAUAAAUGGAAUCAUACAAUAUGUGCUCUGUUGUGUCUGGCUUCUGUCACCCAGCAUCAUAUUUUGGAAGUUCAUCCACACUGUAGACCAUUGCUGUCCUCGUUUCCAAAGACUCUCUCUACUGCUUCCUUUGGGGCAAGGGUCUCCUCGGCCCACAACUCCCUGAGCUGCAUGGGAGCUAUGCUGGGGCCUUGGAUUCCCCGAUAGCGCCCUUCAAUCCCCCUGACACUCAAAUAAACAUCCAAAGCCUAGUCAGAUGGGGAUCCAUGCUAUUCUAUGUGAGACCCAUCUAUUGUCAGGUCACUAGGGAUCUUUCUGGAAGGUGAGAACUUCUUCACUGCCAGGUCAGUUCCAAGAAGGCAAAAUAUUUGCUGAGGAAUGAAUGAAUGAAUGAAUGAAUGGUUGAAUCAGGCAACCCAAAGGCACCCUCAACACGGAGCUAGACUUCCCCCAUCAGACCUUGUCUUUGUCUUCAUAUCUCAUCUUCUUCUGACGACCAGAACAAGUUUCUGUUCCCAAAGAACACAGGAUGUACCAGUUCUGCCUUCUAGCUAUUCUCAGUCUCUCAUGAUGCAAUGCCACCCUUUGAGAAAACUGGCCAAGAGCCAUCCUUGUGGUGUAACCUUCCCUCACCAACCUCUAUGUGUUCCACAGGCUGACGCCACUACCCUACCUACAGGAAGGUAUUCCAGGUUCAAGGGCACUGUCUGCUAAGAUACCUCCAGGCAGCCAGAGGCCAAUAGAAGGCUGGUUUUGGGACCCGUGUAAGAUGCUAAACAUCCUGGCUUCUGCAGCACCUGCCAACUUUGGGCUCCCUGUUGCUGGAGAGUUCCCAAGAGCUGUCCCAAGGUAGAUUUAUGACACACCCGCCCCCACCAACCCAAAAAAGUGACAAACAACAGAGCAGCCUCCCUUUAAAGAGGGGCAGCAGGAUGGAAAGCAGACACAGCCAGGACCAUGAUGCUGUCAACUGUCCUGUUUCUCGGUGUCCUCACUGGCCUCUUGCUACUCUGGGGUCACCCAACCUCCCGGGGAUGCCUCCCUCCAGGACCUUGGCUUUUGCCCUUCCUGGGGAACAUUUUGCAAAUAGACCACCAGGGCUUUCUCAAGACCUUCCAGUUGCUGCAGAAGAAAUACGGGGAGGUCUUCACAGUCUACCUGGGACCCUGGCCUGUUGUCAUCCUGUGUGGGUACAAGGGAGUGAAAGAGGCUCUGGUGGAUCAAGCUGAGGCUUUCUCUGGCCGAGGACACAUCGCCAUCAUCGAUCCCUUCUUCAAGGGGAGAGGUGUGGCCUUUGCCCAUGGAAAGUCUUGGAAGGUCCUUCGGCAGUUCUCUCAGCUCACCAUGAGAGAGUUCGGGACGGGGAAGCAGAGCAUUGAGAAGCAAAUCCAGGAGGAGGCUCAGCGUCUGGUGGAGGAGCUCCAGAAAUCCCAGGGGGCCUAUCUGGAUCCCACCUUCUUCUUUCACUCCGCCAUGGCUAACAUCAUCUGCACUAUCAUCUUUGGCCAGCGCUUCAAUAACCAGGCCCCUGGAUUCCUACAGUUGCUACAUUUAAUGAAUGAUAUCUCCGAUCUUUCCAGCUCUUUCUAUAGCCAGAUGUUUGAAGUCUUCUCCGGCAUCCUGAAAUACUUUCCGGGCAUCCACAGGGACGUGUACAGCAAAGUCCAAGAAAUUGAAGAUUUUGUCAUUAAGAACAUCCAGAGGCACCAGGAAAUGCUGGACCCCAGUGCCCCAAAGGACUUCAUCGAUUCCUUCCUGGUCUGCAUGGACAAGGAGAGCUCUGAUCCUGAGAGCGAGUUUCACUUUAAGAACCUUGUCUACACGGUUGUCUCGCUGUUUCUCGCCGGCACAGAGAGCUCCAGAAACACUCUCUUGCAUGGAUUUGUACUCCUUCUUAAGAACCCUGAUGUUGUAGAGGAAGUCCAAGAGGAGAUUGACAGAGUGAUUGGCUCACACCAUCUCCCAGCCCUUGAAGAUCGGGCGAAAAUGCCUUACACAGACACCGUCAUCCAUGAAAUUCAGAGAUUCAGUGACGUCCUCCCCCUUGGUGUUCCGCGCUGUGUCAUCAAGGACACUCACUUCCGGGGAUAUCAUCUCCCUAAGGGCACCACUGUGUAUCCCUUCUUGAGCUCUGUCCUCCAUGACCCAUGCCACUUUGAGAAGCCAGAAACGUUCCACCCUGGCCACUUCCUGGAUGCGGAGGGCAACUUCAGGACGCAGGAGACCUUUAUCCCAUUCUCCCUAGGUAAUUGGGGCCAUGAACCGUAAGACUCAGGCUCAGCUGGGGCAGGUGGCCAGAAGGAAAGCUGUGGAGGCUGUCCUCUAACUUUAGAAGGUGGCUGAUUUGUGUGGGAUGGAGGUUGUUCAAGAGCCAUUGAUGGGCCAGCCCAGGCAUCCUCCAGUAGGGGUGAGAUUGGGUUGCUGGCACUAAACUCAUAGGGAAUCAGUGGGAGUGGAAGAUGGAACAGAGAGAGCCAGGUCGAAACUACUGCCUUUUAGGACCUUGCCUGGGAAGUCUGGUAUGCAUUCCACUGGCCAGGGCAGCUACAAAUUCCACCCAGAUUCCAGAGGAGGAGAAAGAAGUGACAUUGAAUAACCAACAAUUCACAUAAUUAACAAAGCAGGAGACCAUCAACAAACAUGCACCUAUUUACAAAUUACUACUUAGGGUACCCAGGACCUUACACUGUGUCAGAGACUUUGCCUCUUGUCAGUAAUUUAUUUUAAAUUAUGUAUCAGUCUAUUUAUCUUUCCAAAAUGUAAAGUGUUUUGCAGUUGAAGAGCACUUUAUAAUUACAGAGGUAUUUGAUGUGGACAGAUUAUUUUGCAUUUAAAAAUAUUGUUUGCCUUUAGCAAAACUCUUUGAGGCAGAGUGUUCUGUAGUAUACAGAACUCCUUGUUGUUUACAGAACAUUCUGUAGUUUUUAAGUAGUUUGACAUUUACAAAGCACUUUACCACUUACAAAGAUUCCAAAUGGCACAUGGGCUAGAGUAUUUGUAAACACUGCACGUGGUCUAUACAGCAUUUUGUAACAUAAAAAUUUUUCUGUUUACAAAAGAUCUUAGCAGAGUGGCAGGGUGCAUUGUAAUAAAGUGAUUUUUUUUCCAUUUGACAAAGUGCAUAUUUAUUAAUUCCUUUGUAGCAUUCACAGAGAAGUUGUCAUUCAUGAAGGGCUUUAUUUCUACCUAUAGUACAAGUCAAAAUAGAACAGCACUUGAUCAAGGUUUAAAAAUAAAGCCCUUGGGCAGUUUACAAAUCCUCCAGGUUUCAUCUGAUGUUAGGAUGCUGAGAUGGUGAUUAGGCAGCAAAUCAGGGAGAGAUGUCUCUGCCCAGUGGGAACUGACAUCAAGUCGGGGAGAAAAUAAAAAAAUAAAAUCAUAGCAGACAGUGAUGAGCGCUAUGAAGAGAGCUCAGAACUGAUGAAAAUAGGAAAUGAAUAGGAAGAAGUGGGGAGCAAAUUCAGAGCAACAGUGUUCAGUCACAGAACACUGCAAAAGACCUCCCAAACCAACCAGCUAUUUAUAAGGUGCUUUCCUGCUUACAAAGCACUUUUGAAGUCACCAUCACACUUGAUUCUUAAGAUAGCUUUGGGAGAUGAGUAAAUACUAUGAGUAAAUAUCAUAAACUAUUUUUUACUUAUUAUUUUUUUAGAGAGGGCAGGGGGAGGGCCAGAGAGAGAGAA